AAGUAUGUGAUUUCGUUUCCACCCAAUUUAUCCUCACAUCUUUAUCUUACCCUACCUACAAAAUAUUUUUUAUCAAAUCGAAACGAUUAAACAAACAAUAUGUUUGUUUCAUUUUCAUCGUAAAUCAGAGUGCUUUUGACACCUUCUUUAUUACGUUUUAUGACUCAAAUUGUGAAUUUAUACAUACUUCUUGUGUGUGUUAUACUUUCUGAUUGAUGGAGGCAUCAACUGUUGUGGCAAAUGUGGGGGACCACGUUUGGAUAAAGCCAUCUUCAACAGACAGAUAUGAACUACCGUGGUCAGGGAAAAUUGUAUCAAAGAAAAAAGAUUCAUUUACAAUUUGUGGAGAUGAAACAAAGAACAUCACUGUGAAGCCUGAGGAAAUAAUGAAAUUGGUGAAUACAACAGAUAUUUUGGCACUAGAAGACAUGAUCCACUUAUCAGAUCUUCAAGAAUAUUCUAUCCUGAGGAAUAUUUUACUUAGAUAUUAUAAAGAUCAAAUUUAUACAUACAUUGGAGGGAUUUUAGUAGCUGUAAACCCUUACAAGUCAUUACCAAUCUAUUCCGAUUUAUAUAUAAAGCGUUAUUAUAAUAAAAGAUCAGGAGAGCUACCACCUCAUAUUUUUGCUGUCGGUGCACAAGCGUUGACUAACAUGAAGCGUCAGCAGUGCAAUCAAUGUGUAAUUAUAAGUGGUGAAACUGGAGCAGGGAAAACAGAAAGUACUAAGUUUCUUUUAAACUUUUUGGCAGCCGUAUCGAGUAAAACUAUAAUUGGCAAUCAAAUAGUUCAGUCUAAUCCAAUCUUGGAAGGUUUUGGUAAUGCAAAAACAACAAAAAACGACAAUUCUUCAAGAUUUGGAAAAUAUAUAGAAGUUUCCUAUAACCAAGAAGGAGUGAUUACUGGUGCUUGUAUUCAGCAUUAUCUUCUUGAAAAGUCUAGAAUUAAAUCUCAAAAUAUUGGAGAUAGAAAUUAUCACAUUUUCUAUGACAUGUUAGGAGGACUUCCAGAAUUGGAAAAAAAGAAACUCCAGCUCGGAAGGCCAAAUGACUAUUUUUAUCUGAAGCAGGGUGGUAAAAUAGUAUGUCAAGGGCAUGAUGAAAAAGUAGAAUUUCUGCAUUUAAAAGAAGCCAUGUCCAUUUUAAAUUUUAAAAAUGAAGAAAUAGAACACAUUUUUGAAAUGUUAGCAGCCAUUUUGCACAUAGGGAAUUUCAUCUAUAAAUCAAAAGUCGUUGGCAAUGAUGAUAUUACUGAAGUACAACCGACAAAUUCUUUGAAAGCAGCUAUCACAUUGUUAGGACUUGAAGAGAAUGAUUUGAUUCAUGUAUUAACACAUAAGACGAUCAUUGUUGAGGGGAAUAAAGUUGUAUCAGCAAUUCUUAUAGGCCAGGCACUAUCAAAAAGAGAUGCUUUUGCAAUGGGCCUUUAUAUGAGAUUAUUUUCUUAUGUUCUUACAACAAUUAAUAAAGCAAUAUCAAACCAUCAAUCUACAAAAAAUUCAACAAUAGGCAUAUUGGAUGUGUUUGGGUUUGAAAAUUUUAAGCAUAAUAGUUUUGAACAACUUUGUAUCAAUUACGCUAAUGAACAAUUACAGCAAUUCUUCGUCCAGCAUGUUUUUAUGUUAGAACAAGAAGAAUAUCAGUCUGAAGGGAUCGAUUGGACUAAUUUAGAGUUUCAAGACAAUCAAGCAGUGGUAGAAUUCCUCGGAGGAAAAAACAUAAGUGUUCUAGGGCUUGUCGAUGAACAGACACGAGUCCCAAAAGGAAGUGAUAUAGGAUAUCUUGUAAAAAUGAACCAAACCUUUUCUGAUAUUAAUUAUUACAUAAAAGACAAAUCAGAAGUUAGUAUGGAAUUUGGGAUAAGACAUUAUGCUGGGACAGUUAAAUAUAAUGUAGAAGGGUUCAUAGAGAAAAACGUUAGCACUUUAGGGGUGGACUGGCUGGAAAUCAUAAGAAAAUCGUCCAAUUCAUUCCUCAAAACCUUAUUCGGAAAUGAAUUGUCUACAUCAGUCAAGCCAGUUGGUCAUACCUUAGCAUCGCAGUACAGAACUUCACUUGAAGCACUUAUGAAAAUGUUAAACCAAUGUUAUCCAUUUUUUAUACGCUGCAUCAAACCAAAUAAUCAUAAAAAAACAUCAUGUCUUGAUCGUCCACUAGUAUCUAAGCAAUUGCAUUAUUCCGGUAUGAUGGAGACGGCCAAAAUCAGGCAAUCAGGCUAUCCCAUUCGGUACACUUAUCGUCAGUUUGUUGAAAGAUACCGAUUAUUGCUACCUGGUUGUGCCCCUAUCUCUAAGAUUCAAAACUGGAAUGCCCUGGCAUUACAUAUUUGUUCAAAAAAUUUAUCAAAAGAAGAGUAUCACUUGGGAAAGACGAAAGUGUUUUUAAAAAUAACAGAUGAAUUGCUGGAAUCUUUAAGAGAGAAAGUUCUCUCUAAAAAUGCGGUCAUACUUCAAAAGAAUUAUAAAUCUCAUUUAUACAGAAAGAAAUUCAUUCAAAUGAGAAAUGCAGCCAUAACGCUGCAGAGGCACUGGCGGGGCAGAAAUCCCCGAAAAGCGUUCCUUGACAUAAGAAUUGGGUAUCUUCGCCUUCAAGCAUGCCUCAGGUCUCGUCAACUUAGAAAUGAUUUUGUUCAAAUGAGAAUAGCAAUAAUUAAACUUCAGGCUAGAUGUAGAGGAUAUUUGCUACGAAAAAAAAUGAAUAAUAUCAAAUUUAAAAAGAGACAAUCUCUUACUCCACCUAUUUCUUCACCUAGAAGUGGACCAAAUAGUGUAAAUGACAUUGAUAAUUGGAUUGAAAAUGUUUUUGAUAGUGCAGUAGAAGAAAAAUCUGAAUAUUUUCAAAUUUCGGAAGAAGGUGUUGAAGCUAUAAAUGUCAAAGAAAUACUUGAAAACCCUUGUACAAUGACUUUUCAUAAAUAUGCUGCCAUUAAUUUCACUGGAAAUGUUCACAGUCGAUAUUUCAUAAAAAAGAUAAAACAACCACUUCUAGAACUUACAUCCUUUGCUGACCAAUUGGCUGCUGUAGCUAUUUGGGAAACAAUACUAAGGUUUAUGGGCGAUAUUGCCAAUGGUGACCAUUCUCAUUACAAUUUCAAUAAUAAAUCAGUAAUGAGUCAGCUCCAUGCAACUAUCUCCAAAUCGUAUCUACACUCAAAGAAAUAUAUUGAUGCUUAUAAUGCAUUCAAAGAGGAGGAAGAAAAAUUGGUUAAACAUGUUCUCAUAAAUGGCCCAAUUAAUCUAAUAAACUUAACUUUAGCUCACAGAAAUAAGUUACAAAAGGAAAUUGAGAAGGGAGAUCAAGAAGUGUCAAUUCUUAGAGAAAAUUAUGAUAAAUGGCUUAAUUCUAAAAGUACACUUUUGGACAAACUUCAAUUCAUAAUAGGUCAUGGAAUUCUUAGACAAACUCUUAGGGAUGAAAUUUACUGCCAACUCUGCAAGCAGCUGAGUGACAAUCCAAAUCCAAAUUCUUCCCAGUAUGGCUGGAUUUUAAUGAAUUUGUGCGCUUCUUGCUUUGCUCCAUCGAGCAAGUUUGCACCAACAUUACUUCAUUUUAUGGCUUCCAAUGGAAACAAACUUGGCUGCAUAAUGACUCUGCAAAGGACAAUUCACAAUGGACCAAGAAAUGAGCCACCAACCUCUUUUGAAUUAAAUGCAUUAAAAACCAAGCAACCAAUGGAAAUUAAAGUUUUGUUUCCAAAUGGUUCGAGUCUUGUAAUAAAAAUUGAUGCUGCUACAACAUCAAGUGAAGUAUGUAGGAAAGUGACAUCUCAUCUUGGAAUCAAAGAUCAAUUUGGUUUUUCACUUUUCAUCACAAUGUUUGGAAAGAGUUUAUCAUUGGAAAGCGGUGGAUGCCACAUUUUGGAUGCAGUCUUCCUCUGUGAAACAGUAGCGAAAGAAAGAGGAAUCCCUGAAUCUGAAGCACCGUGGUAUAUACGAUUUGCAAAAGAAAUGUUUAGCCCCUGGCAAACACAUCUUGAUGACUUAGUCGCUGCUGACUUAGUAUACAGUCAAGUUAUAAAAAACUCAUUUCUUGGAGAAUACCGGUGUACACAGGAAGGUGAACUUGCACAACUUGUUGCCCAGCAUUACUACGUCUCUUGUGGAAAAGUCCUGUUACCAGAGAUAUUAAGUAAUUUAAUCAGUGAAGUUAUCCCUGAGCCAUUACUUAGACAGAAAGGGACUGUCUAUUGGAUAAAGCUCGUCACUGAAACAUUCAAAAAGAGCUACUUCAUAAAAUUAAAAAUUCCUGAAGUGGAUGUUAAGUUAGAUGUUGUUACUUUUGCAAAAGAUAAAUGGCCCAUUUUGCUGUCAAAGUAUUAUGAAGUUAUGCAAAUUGCAGGAAUUUCUCUUGGAGUCCCAAAUCUACUUUUAGCAAUCAACUCAGAAGGAAUUUUUUUUACAAGAAACACUACAAAGAUAAUUCUUAAGUUUACAUAUGUAGAAAUAGCGUCAAUUGAAUACAAAACAGACCCUGAUGGUGAGGGCCAAGUACAUCUGUUAACUUUUAAUGAUCAGAAAUUUGUAUUCAAAACAAUAUAUGCUGAAAUUAUUUCUCAUCUAAUCAAAUGGAUCCAAGCAGAACUCAUUUCUCGAUCCAUUUAUGCCGUGGCUUUACAAAAUUAUUCUGCUCCUGUUUAUAAUUUUAUAACUUCAGAUUCAAGUUUUUUGUCACUGAGUGAAGGAGACCUUGUAAUCUUGGAAGAAGCCGUGCUAGAUAAUUUUGGUGGUUGGCUUAAAGGGUUUAAAAUGGGGACGGACAAAAUAGGAGAGUUCCCGUCAUCUGUAGUUCGGAUCUUGCCAACAUUAUCUAAACCGCCAAAUUAUGUUUUGGCAUAUUGUACAAAUAAGCAUAAUUCAGAAAGAUAUUUGACCAGUAAAUCAAUACUACUUAAAAAGCAUACCUUAGAAGAAUAUGCAGCAAGACAUUUCAGCUCUUAUCGAACUUCAAGACUUAUGUCAAAAAAGAAUGAUUCGCAGUCUGAACCAUGGAAAUAUUCAAAAUCCGUGAUAUGGGGACCACUUAAUAAAGGACUUGAUCAAUUGGCUCAUCUUGCAAUUAACAUGUUUUCAUAUAUUUUGAAAUACUCAACAGAUAAGGAUACUGGGAAUAAAUUGCUUCACACCAGGCCAAUAUUUGAGCCUGCUUUAGAUCAUGUUUCUCUCAGAGAUGAAUUAUAUUGCCAAAUUAUGAAGCAGCUGACUGAAAAUCCGAAUCCUGAAAAUGAAAAUCGAAUGUGGCAUCUUAUGUGGCUUGCAACCUGCCUUUUCAGCUGUUCAGAAUUUCUUUUGCCUGAACUAUGUUUGUUUCUUGAAACAAGACCUGUCUCUAUCGCACAAGAAUCUUUAAAACGGUUAAAAAUUGUACGAGAAAAAGGAGAAAGGCGCAAUGUACAUCACUGGAUCGAAGUAGAAGCAAUUGAGAAAGAGACUUCAAUCCUGCAUAAAGUAUCAUUUCCCAAUGGAAUGGAGCAGAUUUUUAAAGUGAACUCCUUCAAUAUUGUUGAUGAUCUUGUCAAAUUUAUUGGAGCAUAUCUCGGCCUAAAGUCAAUAGAAGGGUUUUCUUUAAUAUUAUCUUGUGAUGACAAUUCAACAAUUUCACUUCCGCCAAAAGAUUACUUAUUUGAUGCUAUCCUGGAUGCAUGUAAUUUUCCACAGACUGCAUCUAGCCAAGAGACUCCUAAAUAUAAUUACGAGCUAGUAUUUGUGAAAAAAAUUUGGAUUAACACAUAUCCUGGUGUAGAUAAAAUAGCAGAUUUAGUCUGCCAUUAUAAUCAGGAAUUGUCUAAAUAUAUGGCUGGUCUCCACAAUUGUACUUUAAACGAUGCAAUAUACCUUGCAGCUGUAAUUUUUAUAGCUGAAUACUCUUCUGAAAUGACAAAUCCUAAAGAUGAUAUAUUGAAAGUAUUUGUGCAUCUCAUCCCACAAAAUUUACAAGAUGAGCUCAGUGGUAGAGAAUGGAUUGAACACAUUCACUUAGUGUUUAACAAGCUAAAAAAUAUGUCAAAUGAUGAAGCAAAGAUUACAUUUCUUAAAGUGGUUCAAACAUGGUGGAGCUUCGGCUCAGCUUUCUUCAAUGUGCACAAAUUGAGUUCAAUGCAGGAUGACCAUUUACUGCUGGCUGUCAACAAAAAUGGAGUUUUCAUCAUAGAUCCUUACUCACAGGAAGUGCUUGCAACAUACAGCUAUUCACAAAUAAUUAUGUCAUUCUGUUCAAAGUUUUCAUUAACUUUGACAUUAACAAAUGGGAAUUUGUUAUUAUGGACAAAAAAUGCUCAUAAAAUUGCUGAUCUUGUUAAUUCUUAUUUAGAUGCUUAUGACAACAACCGAAUCAUGAGUUCUAACUAAGUAUAUUACUUAAAACGUUUAUUUGUAA